GGGGUUUUGUUUGAAAAACCUAAAAGGUUUACAAAAGCAGAUCAAGAACAAGAAGAAAUAACAUCUAGUUUUUCUCAAUUUCCAUAUAUGGAGUGCAGUUCUGGGAGAUCUGGUGAUGGAGAUAGUGGACUCAAAGAUGAUAAGAGAAGUGAGCAUAGUACUGGUGAUGAUCAUGAAAGUCAUCAUCAUAAAAAGGAGAUUAUUGCUGAGGAAGCACCCAUUGCUAGUACAGAAAGAUCAAUUGAGGCUGGUCCAAGCACAAUAUCCUCGCCCAAAAAUGAUAAGGUUGAUGAACAGCUUGAGACAACAAAAGCUCAAAUGGGUGAGGUGAGAGAAGAAAAUCAACGGUUAAAGAUGUGCUUGAACAAAAUAAUGACUGAAUACCGAGCACUGGAAAUGCAAUUUAACAAUAUGGUUAAGCAAGAAACAAAAAAGAACAAUGAUAAUAACCAUGAAGAAAUGAAUGCAGAAUCAGAUCUUGUUUCUCUCAGUCUUGGAAGAGUUCCUAGUAACAAUAUUCCAAAAAAUGAUCAAGAGAAAGUUAACAAAGUGUCUAAACUAGCAUUGAAUAAUGAUGAAGAAUUCAAUAAGGAAGAGUUGUCACUUGGAUUGGAAUGUAAAUUUGAAACAUCAAAAUCAGGUAGCACAACUGAAGGGUUACCAAAUAUUCCAAGUCCAGUGAAUAGUUCUGAAGUUGUUCCAAUAAAGAAUGAUGAAGUUGUGGAGACUUGGCCACCAAGUAAGACACUCAAUAAGACAAUGAGAGAUGCUGAGGAUGAAGUUGCUCAACAAACUCCUGCAAAGAAAGCUAGAGUUUGUGUUAGAGCAAGAUGUGACACCCCAACGAUGAAUGAUGGAUGCCAAUGGAGGAAGUAUGGACAAAAAAUUGCAAAGGGAAAUCCUUGCCCUCGAGCUUACUAUCGCUGCACAGUUGCACCAUCAUGUCCAGUUAGAAAACAGGUACAAAGAUGUGUUGAGGACAUGUCUAUUCUAAUCACAACAUACGAAGGGACACACAACCACAGCCUUCCACUUUCAGCAACAGCAAUGGCUUCCACAACUUCCGCGGCCGCAUCGAUGCUAUUAUCAGGUUCAUCAACCUCAAACUCUGGUUCAAUGCCAUCAGCACAAACCAACAAUAAUCUUCAUGGCCUAAACUUUUAUCUACCAGAUGGUACAAAAUCAAAUCAAUUAUACCUAUCCAACCCUGCACUAUCAUCUCAACAUUCACAUCCAACUAUCACUCUUGACCUCACUUCAAACCCAUCAAAUUCUUCAACAUCAUCACCCUUUGUUAGAUUCAAUUCAAGCUACAACAACAAUAACCAACUACCAAGAUACCCUUCUUCCACUCUUAGCUUUAGUUCUCCUGAAUCAAAUCCCAUGCAUUGGAAUAGCUUCCUCAACUAUGCUACUACUCAAAAUCAACCAUAUAGUAAUAAUAGGAACAAUAAUAACCUAAGCACUUUAAACUUUGGUAGACAAAACACAAUGGAAAGUAUAUACCAAACCUACAUGCAAAAAAACAACAAUAGUUCAAACAUUUCACAACAUGUAGGUUUACAAGAUAGUACUAUAUCUGCAGCAACAAAAGCUAUCACAGCAGAUCCAACUUUUCAAUCAGCUUUAGCUGCAGCACUUUCUUCGCUUAUCGGAAACACCACCAAUCAAGGGAAUCAAAAUCAAAGUGCAGGAGAAAAUUUGAGUCAGAAAAUGAAAUGGGCUGAGAUGUUUCAAGUUUCUUCUACUUCAUUGCCUUCAUCAAGUUCUAAAGUAAAUGGUUGUGCUUCAAGUUUCUUGAACAAAACGGCACCGGUGAACAAUACACAGAAUGGAAGUUUGAUGUUGUUGUCUCCUUCUUUGCCAUUUUCUGCAACUAAAAGUGCUUCUACAUCUCCUGGUGGUGAUAAUAGUGACAACACCAAUUAAUUGGUGAUUAUUUAUUUUAAUGUAGUUACUUAGGAAAUUCUAUACUUUCUUUUUUUGAUUGGAUUUAUGUAUGUAAUUAGAGAAUUGAAUUUUAGUGUAUUAUUCUGUAUCUUGUUUUAUUGAAAUAAUAUGUUUUGUUUUAUUUAUGGUA